AUGGCGAACCGCUGGUUCCCCGAGUAUCGUCAUUUCGGCCAACUUCCUUCUUCAGCUGCGGCUGAAGGCAGUCCCAACCGUCCUCCACCCUUUCCUCCUGACUCUCCUAACCUUAGCCCUUUCCCCUCCUUUUCUGAAUUUCCUCCUCUUUCCCUUAUUUCUCCUGUUUCUUACCAUCUACACUCUCCUCAAACUGAUUACGUAGAUCCUGAGAGAGUGAUCCUUGCACUUCCUGCUCAACAUAAGUCUACUCCUGUGGUAGUGAAUGCUCAGGCACAAGAAAUUCUAAAUUCGUAUCAUGCUUCCCUAAGACAAAACCCUAGAUCUGAAACUCGAGCUACAGUUGCAAUUGGAAACACUGUAGUUCAGACAGAUGGAUUACUAUCCACCCCACCUCCAAAGGUGGUUCGUCGCUUCAUCAAAGCUACUCAAACUGCUAGUACUCAGUUAGUCGACCAAACAGCGUCUCAGGUUGCUCCUGGUCCAACUGUUACUACUGCUGCAAACUCUCCUUCUACUGUAACCCAGGUUUCAGUUGCUCCUACUCUUGCCUCAAACCUACCAACUCCUCCAGUUACUGGUCCUCUUCCUCCUGAAAUAGUAGUCCCUGUUCCCCAAAUUCAAGUACCCUCAACCCCUACUACCAGCUCUUUGGAUGCAGCCCCUUUGUUACAUGCUCUAAACCGUAUUCCCUCGCAAAGUCCCACUGUUCCUCCUCCUCAAAGCAAGCCAAUUCAUUCCCUAGCUCAAAAACUAAAAUCUGUUGCGGACAGGUCACUCACAAGGUUAGCCCCGGUUGAUUUUUCGUCUACAUGA